AUGGGUUAUUUUAUAAAAAUUAACAAAAGAAAAAUAAAAAAAAAAAUCACAAACAAUCAUUCUAUUAAUAAAUUUUUAAUAUUCCUUCCUACUGAAAAAAAAAAAUUCCACCACAAUGUUUUUUUUUUGAUAACACAGAUGUUCAUUAACGACAUAAUGUAUUAUAAAAAAAGAAAAAAAAAUUUGUUAAAAAAAAAAAAAAUAUCUUGA